UUAAUACAUUCCAUAUCAAAUACAAUAAUGGAAGAAAAUGAAAUUCCUCAAUUUUUUCUUUGUCCCAUUUCACUUCAAAUCAUGAAGGAUCCUGUGACAACAAUUACAGGCAUAACAUACAACAGAGAAAGCAUUGAACAAUGGUUACUAACAUCAAAAAGUUGCACAUGUCCAAUUACCAAACAACCCUUACCAAGAAGCUCAGAGUUUUUGACACCAAACCACACUCUUCAAAGAUUAAUUCAAUCAUGGCACUUACAAAAUUCAUCUAUUAGCGUUGAAAAGAUUCCAACUUCAACAAUUGAAAAACUUGUUAAGAAUCUUGAUCAUGAGUCAUUAGAAAAAUUGCUUGCUCUUGCUUUAGAAAAUGAGAGAAAUAGAAUAUGCAUGGUUGAAGCAGGAGUAGCAAAAGCGAUUAUUCAAAAAGUGAUUAUAAAUAAUUUUUACAAGCAAGGUAAAACAACAUCUCUUGAAGAAGCUUUGAGAAUUCUUCAUUUAAUUUUGCCUCUAGCCAUCACCAAUAAUGACAACAUCAACAACAUCAAAUGUUCCAUAGUUGAUGACAAUUUUGACUUAGUCAACUCCUUGACUUUGAUUUUGCAACAUCACAAUGAUAACAAAAAUUUCAAGGUAAUAAAUGAAGCAAUGAUUGUAUUAAAACUUAUAUUUGAGGUAAAAAAUUCAACCUCAUUGUUGAAUUUAAAUGUUGAUUUUUUUAGAGAAAUAGUUAAAGUACUAAGAAUUAGAAAUAAAGCACUUCCUAUUAAAGCUAUGAAAUCAGCAUUACAUGUGUUAUUACAAACAUGCCCUUUAGGUAGAAAUAGGUUGAAGAUUGUGGAAGCUGGAGCUAUAAAAGAAAUCAUUAAUCUUGCAAUUGAAAAACAAGAAAAGAACCAAACAGAGCUUAUAUUUAAGCUUCUUGCUGAUUUAUGUUGUUGUGCUGAUGGAAGAGAAAAAUUUGUGCAACAUGCAGCAGGAAUUGCAAUGAUUUCUAAAAGAACAUUAAGGGUUUCAUCAACAACUGAUGAUUGUGCUCUUCAAAUAUUUUGUUUGAUUUGUAAAUAUUGUGCUACAAAUGAUGUUGUUCAAGAAAUGUUAAGGGUUGGUGCUGUUUCAAAACUUUGUAUGGUUAUGCAAGCUGAUUGUGGUUCUUAUUUGAAGGAAAAAGCUAGAGGUAUUCUUAGGUUACAUUCUAAUGUAUGGAAUAAUUCUCCUUGUAUUCAACUUUAUUUGUUAACUAGACACCAAAGGUUUGGUGAGUGAUUUUGAAGAGACUUUGAUAAAAAAAUAGUUCCUCCAUUUUCUUAGCAAGAUCCUCUCUUGUGGUAUGGUGUAGCUAAAUCUUGACUAUUAGGUUAAAUUCAAAUUUAGUUACAUCGAUA